AUGCAAAAGGAAAUUAUGCAGAGAACCGCUACCUUUCCAAAAUUUGAAGACGAGGAAGACAGGGUGAAAACCUUUCGCUACUGGCCGCACGACAGACCCGACGGAAGGUCGAUGUCGGAAGCGGGUUUCUUCUACGGGGGUUUUGAAGAUAACGCCAGGUGUUUCUUCUGCGGAAGAUCGCUGUGCCAAUGGGAGCCGGACGACCUUCCUCUUUCUGAACACGCCGAACACGGGAGUUCGUGCUUGUGGUUGCGGCGCAAGACGAAGGAAACCCUUAUUUCCAAGAUUUAUUUUGCCUCCGAAUUCGGAUUCGACAGCGACGUGAUCGCAAAGGUCGUGAGCGAUCAUCUCGAGAAGAAAGGACAAGUGUUCUCGUUGACAAACGAA